AAUUUCUGACUGAUGAACAACAAAAAACCCACGAAUUGUGUGCCUUAAAAGUGAUUUAAUGUUGCAUAAAAACUAAGCAAACCAAGAAGGAGGGGAAAGACUUUUCAAUAAACAAUAUAUACUUACAUAUUUACACAAAUACAUAUCUACAUGUAAUAUAUGUGUGCAAUAAAAGUUUUCUCACAGUGUCAACUACUCAUACAUAAUUAUAAAAAUAACUUAAAACGAUUAAAGUAAAACUUCUUACGCGACUUGAAUUUCCCCAAAGCACUGACAAGUCGACUUUGAAAGUAGCAUAGAAACGGAAUAAGAAAGGAACCAACCUAUAACUAGCGAUAUUACACAUGGAUCCAGAAAAUCAGUGCCCACAGUACGGCGAAGUGAAUCAACUUGGCGGGGUAUUUGUGAACGGUCGCCCUCUGCCGAAUGCGACGCGCAUGCGUAUUGUUGAAUUAGCGCGACUCGGCAUACGACCCUGCGAUAUUUCCCGCCAACUGCGCGUCAGCCACGGUUGCGUCUCGAAGAUAUUGGCGCGCUACCAUGAAACAGGCUCCAUUCUACCAGGCGCUAUAGGCGGUUCAAAGCCGCGCGUCACUACCCCAAAAGUAGUAAACUACAUACGGGAACUCAAACAACGCGAUCCCGGCAUAUUCGCUUGGGAGAUCCGCGAUCGCUUACUUACCGAAGGAAUCUGUGAUAAGACGAAUGUGCCCAGCGUCAGCUCCAUUUCACGAAUAUUGCGCAACAAGCUCGGCACCAUCGGACAUCAUCAUCAUAGCUCCGCUAUGGUGGCGACAAAUAACACAAAUUCUUCACCACACCAUCAUACUCACACACACACGCAUGCCCAUCAUCACACGUCAGCGCAUAAUGCAGGUGUUUCGGCUGCAGCGGCCACAGCAGCACAUCAUCAACACGCCGCCGCCGCAGCUGCGGUACACGCGCAUCCUCAUCUCUACAAUUCCAUUUAUCAACCAUAUAGCGCGUACAGCAUGAAGACAGCCGUAUCUUGUGGCAGUCCGUCACCACCACAGUCCACUCAAACUACUCAUCAGUUGCGUACGGCUGCAGCAGCAGCGGCUGCUGCGCACUGUUGGCCAUCAUCGCACUCUGUAAGCGACAUUUUGGCGCAUCAUCAGGCGGUGGCGCUGCGUGCCAGCUGUCAGGUGGGCAACACAAUGGGUGCGCUACCAACCGCACUGCCUAUGAAUCCUUCACCGGUGGGUGGUGCAAUGGGUGUGGGUGCGCAACAGCUAAUAGGUGGCGAAGAUUGUGAUGGCAUGGCGAACAGCGCGGCGGCAGCCACACAAGUCGCAGUGGCGGCGGCUGCGGCGUCACAACAGCCCUACAACUACUACAUGUAUUUCCAAAAUACUGGCAUGCAUCAUCAUCAUCACCAUGGUGGUAUGAUGGCAGCAGGCGCGACGGGAUUAUGAGAACUGCGCUAAAAGGGCAGUCAACUGUGAAGACAAAAGACACAGAAGAAACGGGAACGACAACAAUGCGAAAGUUGUCUCAUAUCACAGUUUUCUCAUACUGGAUGGAGAUUAAGGAAUGAAUCAGCAGUGAAUUUUAUUCUAGUUUAUAAGCAAUCACUUAUAU